AGGAUACCUCCAACAUUUUCCCAGCGACUCGUAACAAGGAAGUCCCGCCCUCCGGAAUUCCGAUUGGAUGAAAAGUAAACCGGCCCGCGCAUAGUUCACUUUGAUUGGCUGGAAUGGUGGUCCAUCACAGCGCGAGCAGAGUUGCGGUUAGGAGUCAGGUGAAACUCGUACUGAGAGGACAAGGGGCUGAUUAAACUUACUUCGUGUGAACUUUCUGGAAAGUUUAUAUAUUACUUAUGACCAUAAACACCAAAGGAAACUUUUAACAGCACGAAGCGACACGUUUCAAGAUGAAGAGCCUCAAGUAUCGAUUGAAAAAGCACGAAGUUACCAUCACAAACACAGACUGGAACAAGUAUGAUGAUCGGCUGAUGAAGGCUGUGGAGCGCGGCGAGGUGGACAAGGUGGCUGCUGUUCUCAGCAAGAAGGGCAUCAUCCCCACAAAGCUCGAUGUGGAAGGACGCUCUGCGUUUCAUCUGGCUGCCACACGAGGACACCUCGAGUGUCUCAAUCUCAUCCUGGGACACAGUGUUGAUGUCACUGCGACUGAUGCCGCUGGUAAAAAUGCUCUUCAUCUGUCUUCAAGAAAUGGACAUUCUCUGUGUGUGCAGAAACUCCUGCAGCACAACAGUCCAGUUGGAAACGUGGACCUACAAGGAAGAACAGCUCUACAUGAUGCGGUCAUGGCUGGAUGCCCCUCCAGUGUGAAACUACUCUGUGACAGCGGGGCUUCUGUGAAUGCCAGUGAUUUUGAUGGCAGGACACCUCUGGUGCUGGCAACCCAGAUGUGUCAUCCACGCAUCUGUCAGCUGCUGCUGGAGCGAGGGGCUGAUAUCACUAUCCGGGACAAACAAAACAAGACAGCGCUGAUUCUGGGCUGUGAGUAUGGCUGUAAGGAUGCAGUGGAAGUGUUGCUGAAGAGCGGCAUUGACGUGAAGGCGGUUGAUGGCUUGGGUCACGAUGCAUUUCACUACGCUCGCCUCAGCAAGAACCCAGAGCUUCUUGCGAUGGUCAAAAGUUACGUCGAAAAAGCCACCAGAGAUAAAGAGGCUGCAAAGAUUGAGCAGUGGAAGCGACAGCAUUCAGUGGAGCGAUCAGAGGCGGCUGAGGUGAACAGAAGGGAUCAGAUCAUACAUGACUUGGAGAGGCAGAACGAGACCUUGCAAGAAAGUCUCAUGAAGUACCACCAGGAGCAGAGAGCCCUGUUAGAUAAGGUCAACAUGCUGCAGCAACAGCUCACACAGGAAAAGAUAACUGUGGAAGACACUCAGAGAGAGAAGGAGCAGCUGAAGUCGACACUUGGUACCAAAGAGAGAGACGACGGUGCUCGAGGCCUGGAGACUGUCAAGGUCCAGCUCCGGAGCACUAUGGGCGACUACUCUGGGCAGUCUGUUAUCAAAGGUAAAGAAAACAUUUUGGUCAAACAAGCUCACAGUCUGGAUUCUGACCACGUGCUCCAGAACCCCCCCAUGUCACAUUCACUGUCCAGACCCUUAGAGAAGAGUCCGCCCUCUGCAGGCUGGGACCUCUCCGCUGAACUGGAUGCCCUCCGACUUGAACACGAAGCAGUAAAGAGAAGACAACAGUCGGCGGAGGAGGAGGCUGCGCGGCUUAACACCGUCCUGAACCGUAGAAACCGAGAGUACCAAGAGCUGGUUCAGAGCAAAGACGCCAUCCAGAAACAGGCCGACCAGCAGAUUCAAGAACUGGAAGACGCCUUGGGGGACGUCCAGAAGCGGAUGCUGGAUUCUGAGUGUAAAGUCAAACAGCUGCAGGCCCAUGUGGUCGCUGUGAAGGAACACUUGGGAGGUCAGGCGACAGAAGAACUGCGUGCUCAGCUCCAGGAUAUCAAGGCCAAGUAUGAAGGUGCUUCAGCUGAAGUGGGUCGAGUUCGUAAUCGCCUCAAGCAGAGCGAGAAGGCGCUGGAGGAGUACAAGAGCAGCGAGAGCCAGCUGGCAGCUGAGGCAGAGAGGUUGAACCAAGACCUGGACGUUCUGACUGCAGAGAGAGAUGAACUCACAGAAACUCUUUUAGAGAUGGAAACCCAGCUGAAACAGGCUCAGACUAAACAUGGCAACACGGUACCUGCUGAGAAGUUCGACAACAUGAAAAACCUGCUGACCAAUGCAGUUGACGAGAAGGAGCGUCAGCUGGCUGAGCUGAGGGAAGACUAUGACCGUGUGCUGGAGGAGGUGGCCGAGCUCCACCGAAAGCUGGACAGUCCGCCGUCUCACGGAGCAUCAGGAGCUUCUGAGGAGCAACAGAAGAUACAGGCUGCUUUAGAGGAGCAGAACGCUUCACUGAAAAGAAAACUGGUGGAUUUGACCGCCAAAAGCCAGGCGCUAAUCCGUGAGGUCGAGGAGAGUGAGGAGGAGAGAGAUAUUCUGCGGGAGCAGCUGGAUGAGUUCAACAGCAGGAUUGAGAUGGACUUUGUACCCAUGAAGGACCACGAGGAGGCUCGGAGGAACAUGGUGACAGCUCUGGAGGAGCUGGAGGACAAACUGGUGGAAGCCAGUGAGCGUUACGGAAAAGCAGAAGCACAAGUUCAUCAGCUUCAAAGUGAGAGAGCCACGCUGCAGGAGAACAUCAGCAACAUUCAGAGUUCCAAACAGAGUGAAAUGGACAGUCUGAGGUCUCAGAACACUGAUCUAAUGAAGAAACUUGAACUUUUGCAGACUAGAUGUGAAGACAAAGAUAAAGAGUGUGUGCAGCUGAACACACACAUCCAGACUCUGACGCAGAGCGUGGAUGGAGAGUAUGUUCCCAGACAGCAGCAUGAGCAAGUGAAGAUGGAGCUAAGUUCCGCCCUAGAGAGUGUGAAAGCUGAGAUGUUGAAGUUGGAGACCAGGGAAAAAGAAAGUGGAGAAGAGAUGAAGAAGGUGAAAGAAGGAAAUGAUAAGUUGAAAGAAGAGUUGGAAAAAGUCCUGUUGGAGAUGAAGAAAGACUUUAUACACGUGAAAGAUCACAAAGCUGCCACAGACAAGUUCACUGCUGCUGUGGUCGAGGCAGAGAAGAGAGCAAACGAAGUGUCAGCGAUGUAUGUGUCAGCUCAGGAGGAAACCGUGAAGCUUACCCAAGAACUGGAGGCUCAGAAGAAAGAACUUGAUACCAUUCAGGAGGCUAUUCAGUCCAAAUUUAUCCCAGUGACCACGGCUGAGGAGAAAGAGCACGCAUACAAUUCACAGGUGAAGGAUCUGACGGCCCAACUGGUGGAAAUGGAGGAGAAGUAUAACAAAGAAAGGUCUGCCGGACAGAACAUCAAACAGGAGAAAGAGAAGCUUAAAGUUGAGAUGGAAUCUGUUCAGCAGAGACUAAACUCUGCUCUAGUUAGCAGUGAAAAGCACAAGGAUGUGGAGGAAGAGUUCAAUGGCAAAUUUGUGGAAUUGACUCAGAAGUUUGCCGACUUAGAACAGCAGCACAAGGAGGUGAUGUCUCAGAACGCCGAUCUUCAAGAGCAGAACGCCCUCUGCAACACUCAGAUCCAGAACCUCCAGGAGCGUCUGAAAUCAGAGCUGACUCGGAUUUCAACCUACGACACGGAGCUCAAAGCCCUCCACGAUGCCAUGCAGCAAGCUCAGACCGACUGCAAGAAAGCAAAAGAGGCUCAACAGGAGGAGGUCCAGAGGGUUUGUGCCUUACAGAAAGAACUGCAGGAAUACCACAUGGAUCAGGCUUCUCAGCUGCAACAACAGGCCAAGUCUCAGGAGGCCCUGGAAGCUGAAGUCGCCAAGCUUCAGCUGGCUCUCCGUGAAGAGGAGGAGAACAACGCCCAGAGGGCUGAAGACGUGUCCGCGCUGCAGUCCGAGCUCCUUCAGGCCACACAGGCCCUCGAGGAAUAUCGCUCCAGAGAAGACCAGAUGAACCAGCUGAACAAAGAGAAGCAGCAGCUGGAGGAGGAGGCUGCCAACCUGAGCAACAAGCUGUUGAGCUUAGCAAAGGAAUGUGAGAAAGCCCAUGAGGAGACGACGCAGGCCAAGGAUGCUGAGAGCAGAGCGAGGACGGAGAUGGAGGCCGUCCAGGAGAAGGGACGAGCCAUCGAGAGAGAAAUCAGGGAGCUGAAGGAGCGAUAUGACGAGUCGCUCAGCACCAUCGGUGACCUGCAGAGGAGGAUUCAGACAUCCGCUCAGCAGACUGAAGCCAAAGACAAGAAGAUCACAGAGUUGUUGACGGACGUUGAGCGAUUGAAGCAGGCACUGAACGGACUGUCCCAGCUUGCGUACACAAGCAACGCACCCAAUAAGAGACAGACGCAGCACAUCGACACACUCCAAGCCCAGAUCAAGAGCCUACAGCAGCAGCUGGCUGAUGCUGAGAGGCAACACAGAGAGGUGGUUUCAAUUUAUAGAACUCAUCUACUCAGUGCAGCACAGGGGCACAUGGACGAAGACGUCCAGGCCGCUCUUCUACAGAUCAUCCGCAUGAGACAAGAGUUUGUGUGUUAAAGGUUCCUCCAAAACAAAAUGCUGUCUGCUGACUCAAAUUAUCACAUCUCCCACUGCAGAGUCCCCCGCUGUGGCCCCUGUGGGUGCCCAGUGUGUGUGUGUGUGUGUGUGUGUGUGUGUGUGUGUGUGUGAGUGUGGCUGCGCUGAAAUCCAUGUUUUUGUUGUACGGCUGCACUUUGGUUCUCAAAUAUCUCAGUCCACGUGUUAUGAGUCAAAGUGAAUAACUGUAUAUUUUAAAAUACAGAUGUGUUGUUUCACCCUCAAUAGAAACGCAGCCAAUGAAAACUGAAUUUAUUUAAAAAAUGAUAUUGUAUCAAACUGAUCUGUGGACUGAUUUUGAUAUAAUGAUCUUCAUAUAUGCAGGAACAUUUUUCACUCGUUCAACAUGUGGAAAAAAAGGCGAUUCCAUACAUUACUGUUGAAUCUCUUAUGAAUGCAAGUCUCUGUAUUUUCAUGCAGCUUUAUCGGAUUAUAUUUAGUGUAAUGGGAGUUGUGUAACAUGUAGAUCUCUUCUUUAGAUGACUCACUCUUGAAAUGCUCAGCUGAAAUGUAAAACAGACAUGAACAAAAAGACCACUUUUCACAUUCCCACCUGACAGUCAGCUCUGGUUUUUAACAGCAAUGUUUUCCAGAAUUUAAAGGACAGGUUCAUAAUUUUUUCAAGUCUGUCUUUAAAUGUUGACUUUUCUCCUUCUGCCCAAUGCUGCAGUCCCUCUGUUCACUCUUUGUCUGAACACUACAUUUUUAGUGCCUGUCCCUUUAAGACCCCCCCUCCUGAAAAGCCCCGCCUGGCAGUGACAUCACAACCUUACAGAAGUCCUGGCGGCUUGUGUGAAGGCAUAGUUUCUGAAUACUUGCUUUGAGGAUUAGUCUGUAGAUUGAGCAUUUUGAUGCUUUCACAGGAUUUAUGUUAAUGUGAGUCAGCGGUUGUAGGACUGCUGGUAUAAACCUUCAACUGGGACACCAAAAGGAAACCACAACAGACUCUGAGCUUGAAACUUACACGCUGAAAAAGCCAAGUUACUCUAACACUAACGUACAGUAGCCACUAAUGUUAUGAACGUAGACAAGCUAAUAGCUUUUACCUUCUCUUUUGUGGAGACUUGGCUAUUUUAAUGUCACUUCUUGCAGCCAGAGUUUGACCUCAGCCAAGAUGAAUGUGAUCGGUUUAAAGAAAUACAGCGAUCCAGAGUGUUUCUAGCUCCACGCCAUGAUGAUAAUUGGUGCCGCCGGAUGUUUCUGUAGCGCUGACAGAGCUGUGGAGAGAGAUUUAUCUACUGUAGCAACUAGGCUGCUUUUAAUCACAAGAGUGGAUAUCGUAUAAAGUUAGAGUAACUUUUCCAUUUUCCAUUUUCACGGACAGUUCCUUCCUGUUGCAGUGAAAUUAUUAACAGAGUGAAUUUUGGACUUUGGAAUCCAUUCAUUUCACACAAUGUGAAUAUUCAUUGAUGAUUACAGCAAACAAAACCUGUUUUCACAGACUUCAAAAAAUUGUAAACCCAUCCUUUAAUACAAUACUCAAAUAUCACCUGUGCAUUGAAGGAGUUACUGAUCUCCAGUCUGAAGCUGGCAGUGAAGAGAUCCCUUCCUGACAUGAUUUAAAGUGGAGUUGCUCUGUGGAGUGACUCGACUCCAUCCCUUACAUUUGAAAAGCACAAGAAGAAGAUCCGUUCACGUCCAUUAUGAAGAGAAGGGAAGGAUCACAGUAUCCAGUAACAGUGUCAGUGUACAUGUGGGUAUAUGCGUAUUGUUUUAACACAGACUUGAAUCUCUCUUUUAACCUUGUUCAUGUCGGUUGUAACACUUCAGCGUCUUUCUCCAGACUCAUUUUGUGGCACAGUUUUCACCUUCUGCAGGUCCAAACUAGCACAUGUGUUUUCAGAACAGUCCCAAGACCUGAAGAUGUGGAAAUCAUCAGGAUCUGGAGCUGCUUGCCAUGUUGUCAUGCGGUUUGACGGUUAUGUGACAGAUUUGACAGUCGUGUCACACACAGUCUCGUCUGUGCUGGAUUUGAGUCGUGGUGGAGGCGGAGCGGAGAUCUCUUGCUGUGUCCUACAGUUUGCAGUGGCACGUCGUCCUUUUUGUUGAAACCAGAGUGUCCUCUAGUGGUGAGACUUGGCAGGCCAAGUUGAUAGAAAUUGUAAUUAUCAGUGUGGCCCAGGGGUGCGCAGCAGUUGUUUCUGGAGGCUGUAGACCUGCACCAGUGACAUUUAUUAUCAGUCUCACAGACAAAUGAGAAAAUAUGAAAUGUCAAACUAAAUAAAUUAAUGAGCUCAACCGUCUUCAGUGACGGCAAAUGAAGCCUGACUUCAUAUAAAACCUGAUGUAUGCAGCUGUGAAGGUUGCAGCCUCCUAUAACAGCCUCUGCGCACCCUGAGCCAGCUGCUGGUGACUCUUGAUGGUGUAGUGUAGUGCUGUUGUGAUUGUUGAGCGAGUCUCUCAUGCCUUUACACUGAUAUAUUUUUCAUAGCUUUGUACGACUUUAAUUACUGUACUACAGUGUGACAAUUCUGAUAUUCAGCAGGUCUGGAAGUAGAACGGCACAAAACUCGUCCCGGGUAACAUUUUAACGUAGGAAGGAACAGAUUCCUUCAUCACUGUGGAUAGAAGAACCGCCUGGCGAUGAGUCGCUACCUGUCAGCUGACACACCUCUCUGUUUUUAUAUUCUGGCCAAAAACUAUUUUACAUGGUUUAUAAAACAAGUAGCAGAUGUUUGGGAUUAACACUAAUUGCUUUGAAUAUUUCUCUCUGUCUUCCCUCGACCGUUAACACAAACUAUAAAUAAAAUCCAGUUAAAUAUGUAAUACUGUAAUACCAAUCUGUUUGAAUCAGUGGUUUUCUUUUGGCAUUAAUAUUUGUGUUUGUGGAUCAGUAAUAAGAAAUCAAUAAAAGUGCCUAACAUAGAAAACUA